AUGAGGGCUGAUCUCAAACAGCACCUUGCCCGACUGGUUCCCAGUAAGACUGACCGGGCUGGCGUACUCAUGCUGACGCCAGCCAAUCAGAUUGGACCAUCUGGAAACAUGGCGUUUGACUUUCGGUGGCAAUGUGUGGCGCUUCUCUUUUGUACUUUUUUGCUUCAUUCUUUGGCGACUGACAGUAAAGAUAAGCCCAAGAAAAAGAAGGACAUAAGAGACUACAAUGAUGCAGAUAUGGCUCGUCUUCUUGAGCAGUGGGAGAAAGAUGAUGACAUUGAGGAAGGGGAUCUUCCAGAGCACCGGAGAUCUCCUCCGCCCAUCGACUUAUCUAAGAUUGACCAGUCCAAACCUGAAGAACUGCUUAAGGUUUCCAAGAAGGGCCGCACCCUGAUGGUUUUUGCAACAGUGUCAGGGGAACCCAGUGAGAAGGAGACUGAGGAGAUCACAGGGCUGUGGCAGGGCAGUCUCUUCAAUGCAAACUAUGACAUUCAAAGAUUCGUUGUGGGUUCCAACAGGGUGAUCUUCAUGUUGCGCGAUGGCAGCUUAGCCUGGGAAGUCAAAGAUUUCUUGCUGACCCAGGAGCGCUGCUUGGACGUCACUGUUGAAGGACAAGUAUUCCCUGGGAAGGCUGCCAAGAAGGAUGACGGCAAGUACAAACAGAAUGAAGUCAAUUCUAAGAAGAAAAACAAAAAGAAGACUGAGAGCGAGAAGGCUGAUUUGGAAGGAAACAAAGCCAGCCCCAGAAAGCAAGAACUAUGA